AUGCGAUUGCAGAAAUCCCUCGAAACUUUCUUUGGUCUUGGAAAUCAACACUCGACUCGAAUCCUCGCGAAAUACUCCAUAUUCCACACCGCGAAAGUCGGAUCAAUACCUAGCAAGACAAUUGCAGCUUUGACAGCGGAACUAUCGACGAUGAAGAUCGAGACUGAUUUGAAGCGAAAGAUCAAGGAUGAUAUCUUACGGUUGAGGGAUAUGGAUCUCGACUGCAAGGAAACUCAACAAAACCGAUCGAAGGUUAUAGAACGUUUGAAGCGUAGAAUUAUGUACAUUUAUAAGGGCGCAAUUGCAUCAUCGGCGUUGAGGGGCAUUUCAAGCAUUGUAGGACUAGAUGCCACAAGUAUAUCAAGACACUUUUCAACAGUAGACUUCUAA